GCGGCCAAAGCGCGCCGGAGGACGACGCGGUCACGCGCGCCCGCCGAGGCGCCGGCUGCGGCACCGGCUGUGGCGCCGGUCGAAGCCAUGCCGUUGAUGUCUGCGUCCGAAGAUCUGACGCAGCCGGGCGAGGCGCCGCCGCCGCCGCCGGUGGAAGCGUCGCCGUCGGUCGACGUGCCGAUGGCCGAGGCGCGGGCGCCGCCGCCACCGCCGGUCCGCGACGGCCUCGACAUCGUGAACAUGCUGCUGCCGCGGCUCCAGCGGCGAGAAAUUAUCGCCUGCCACCAGACGUGCCGGCUGCUGCGCGACACGGUGCGCAAGGCCGACUUCCGACCCUGGACCAAGCGCCUCGCCUUGGCGGAGCAGCGCUCGCGGCGGGCGUGCAACGCGGACAAGAGGCUGCUCGAGGAGUUCCGGAACGCCUACACGGGCGGCGCCGCGAUGACGGCCGACCACAUGGCUCGACAUGCCGUGCCUCUCGCGACGCUCAACGAGGUGUGCUCGGCGUUGCGCGACUUCGGGCCGGAGCGACCGCCGGCGGGCUGGUGGACGACGGCCUUGCCUCGAGCGCUCGCGGCGACGCCAGAGACGGCCGUGUGGGGCCGGCCCGCGCUGGACGCGGCGCGCGUGGACGAUCUUCGAGACGCGCACGAAGUCGCGGGGCGCCUUUGCGAAACGGUAAUCGGCGAGAGCCCGACGGCUCAACCGUGGGUCGCCGCGGCGGCGUUCGUGCUGAACGCGGGCGACGGCUGGCGCGGUCCGAUGUACGCACUCGCGGCCAUGGAGCACGCGCUCGGCUCGUCGACAGCGACGUACACUAUCAGAGAGUUCGCAUCGCGGCUACUCGUGGCGCUCGUCGACGGGCACUGGCCGCGGCUCAAGCUCCUCAACGACGUCCCCGGUCGCGGCACGCUCUUCGUUGAUGUAUUGAAAGCGUUACACAACCUCGGCUUCGCGCCGGCGCUCCGCGUGAAUCGCGAUCCGCCGGGCACACUGACCGCCGAGCAGGAGGCCUACGCCGGCGCCGAUUUGACGCCGCGGACGACGGGGCACGAGUGCCUGAUUGUAGAAGCCUACGCGGGGACGGGCAAGUCUCAUAGUACGCUCCAGUUCGCCGCGCGGCGCCAGGCCGCGGGGGAGCGCGUGCUCGUGCUCUAUUUCAACAAGAGCAUGUACCAAGAGAUGGUCGUCAAGCUGGCAGCGGCUAGCCCCGGCACGGUGUGUUCGACGAUGGACGCGCUCGUGCUGCGCGAGUUUCUGAGGCAGGCGCCGGAACUCGUUGAGCCUGGCGAAUCUUCGAUGUUCCACGACGUCUCGGCGGGCGGGCCGGCCUACUCGGCGCUGGCGUUGCGCCGCGCGUUGCGCAUCAGCGAAGAUGACCGCUACAAGGGUCAGCUCGCGAAGCACACUCGCCAGGUCCUCAACGCGUUCGUUUAUUCGGCGGAUACGGACGUCCCCGACAUCGAGGACCGGCGCUUCUACCGAAUCCGACAGUGGUGGCAGGAGCGGCAGCCGCAGAUGCCGCCGUUCCAAAACCACGCGCGGGCGCUCUGGCGGAAGGUCAUCUCGCGGGCGCCGGCGGACGCCCACAUGAAGCUAAGCUUCGCCGAGGUCGCCAAGUGCUUCCAGUUGCGAGCGUUGGUCGCUCAGAACAACAACUCCGAUAUCGACUGGAUGCGGCGCGGCCUACCGGCCGGGACGGUGCUCGACCGCAUCACGCCCUUCGCGGGCACGCAGGAUUAUAGUUAUGUGGUUAUUGAUGAAGCGCAGGACCUGAAUCCGACGCACUACGAACUUUUCGUGACGGGCCCGCGGCGAGCGCGGCAGCGUAUCGCGCACGCACUCGUGGGAGACCCGUUCCAAUCGCUCUAUGCCUGGCGCGGGGCCAAGAACGCUUUGCGCGACGCCAAGGCCACUUUACAGCACACGCUCAUCCGACUGACCAAGUCCUUCCGAUUCGGUGAGGAGGUCGCGGAUCUCGCGACGGCGGUGCUGCAGCGGUGCGGCGACCCGGCGACGGCGAGGCUCGUCGGCGCGGGUCCUCCGGGUCGCAUUCACCACCGGAACGAUAUUGACUGCCACGAUUGGAGGACGGGCACGCCGAUCACCGUGCUGGGAAGAAGCAACAAGAACGUAUUGCUAGCGGCCCACGAGUAUGUGGCGGAGUAUCUGAGGCACGGGGACCGGACGCCCUUCAUAUUUGUCCGCGGCGCCAGAGGUGGUGCGGAUAUGAACAAAACGCUACGCCUCGUCGAGCGCCUCGUGGAGCUGAGGAAUAGCGGCGACGUCGGUACGUUCGGCGAGGAUACUGCUACUUACCUUGAAUUCGUGCGUUUGUGGAGAGAAGACGCCCUCGAUAAUAUCGAGCUGGAGCGAGGGAUUCAGAUGGUCGAGGCACGGCCCGACGCUACGGCGGUGAUCCGCGGUAUACGGGACAUGUCUGUUGAGACUCCUGAGGAGGCACGGGUGGUCCUCUCGACAGUACAUCAGAUGAAGGGCCUCGAGAGCGGCGCGAUACGGAUCCUAGACGACGUUGUCAAGGGCGUCGCCGACGAUUUGGGCCGGCCACAGAGACUGCCGGACGCGACGCUCUGCCUCGUGUAUACGGCGCUGUCGCGCGCAAUCGGUGAUCUUUACCUGCCGAAGGCCCUGUCGGCGGUCUGGCUACGCCAGAACCCGCCACGGGCGGUGCUGCGAUGCGUCCCGCCGCUGGAGCGGCGGACAUGGUGCGGCUUGUGUCCUCGCACCUUAGUGUACCCCGCGGACGAAGAGGCUGAGGACGCUUUCGGUGCCGUGCCGGCAUACGACACGGGGGCGACUCUACGCGUCUGCGAAUUCUGCCGCGGAUUUUGCGACCCGGCCGUUCCGCUCCAGGUGCCGACCUACGAGCAUUUCCGCGCGGGCUGGGAUCUGCGGGCCAUAGCUGGCGACAGCGACGACGGCGGCGACGCGACUUAGUGUGUAAACAACAAAUUACU